CAUUCUCUUGAAUGUACCUAGUAGGUACAGUUCAUUUGAUAGCGCGGAUGCUCUGUCAAUCACGUACUUGGGUACCCGCUGAACGACCAACGUGCGCCAUGUCGAUUAUCGAAUUUGAUGUGUUCAAUUUGUUCAAGUCUGGAUGGAUUGCGUAUGUACUUUGCAUGUUGGGUGAGGUCGGAUACAUGGCGUUGAGCCCCGUAUGCGCGUCAUAUCACGAAUUCAAGCCAUGGUGA